CAGGAGUGGGGCGUAAUGGCACCGUGGGCCAGGGACUCGUCCUGGUUCCUGACUUCCUCCCCCCGUCAGGUGGCCGCCUCCCUGGUGGCUUCCAUGCAGAAUGUGACGUCGUCAGUAUGGGUGGUGGUGGCGGCCUGCUGCCAGUGUGGCUCCCUUGGACUAGGCUGUCGGGACGCUCAGGACCAACACCAUGGCGCCUGGUUCGACUCUGACAAGGUACACGUGGAGCAUCCUUUCUGCUACGUUAACCCAGUAGUGUUGUCUGAGGGCGCUCCUAAUGUUGCCUCGACACUUCCAGACCAGUCUUCCACACACAACAACCAUCCAAAAACCUUCCAGUCUGAAACUCUCCAUCACUCCAAACCCCCUCAGCACGCUAAGCUGCUCCAGCAGCCUAAGCCCCUCCAACGCAAAUCAACAUCAAAUGGGUUGGCGUCUGUCUACAGCGACGCACCUCAGGGUGUCGAGACGGCAAACACUCUCGAGCUCAACAAGACAGUGUUUGACAAGCCGCUUUUGAACGGAGUAGACACUAAGUGCACCGCCGUCGUUCAUAAGAAUGGUCGGGUUAGAAGCCUUUUUGUCGAAUCAUUUGCUGCUAAGCUGGAGGCUGACUUGAAGAAGCUCGAGUGUGAUCGUCAGCGAGCCGAGGGUGAGGUGAUGAGACCGUUGGCGGAAACGAAACUAUCAGACAAUACCGAUUUUGUUCCUAAAUAUAUCUGUAGAGAUAAUAAACACAAAAAUGACUUCUUUUUAGAUGACCAAGCACCGGACAGUCCGUAUCACUAUGGAAACUUUAACGACGAGAAACGAUCAUGUGAGGUAUGGAAGCCAUCUGAACUGGAGGACGUCUUUGAGUGCUACAAUAAGGCCGCCUUCUAUUGUUAUGGCACCACCCUGCCGAUUAGAGAAAAAUUUACCUCCAAAAGCAGAGGAGAAAAGUACGAAGAAAUAUUCCCGGUGACGUUCCACAAUAACAACAACAUUAUUAAAGUGUACAAGCCAGCAGGAGAGUGCGAGCAGCCCCUGGCAGUGAGUAGCCAGAGUGCCGGAAGACGUCCUGGCCACCCACUCACCCACCACCAACUCCUGCAGUACAUACAGUCAUGUGUUCGUGCAGACAUUCGUACUGAUGUGACCAUCCCUUGCCCCGAUGGCAAGACCAGCCUUGCAUCCGAUCAUAAUAUAUACUUUGGUAGUAGGAGCUUUAAUAACUUACUAAUGUUUGAUCUAGUCAAAUCAGUGAUGUCUGAAUGUAGUGAUAAGUAUCCCCACUCUUUGUCGUUGUGUGUAGACUACCCCGUUCACCUAGUACAAAAUAGAGUUCUUAGUAUCCUUGAUAAGCAGGAGGACAGUAGCCGGGGAAGCCCCUCUGGCAUGCAGGUGUUCAAGAGUGGCUCCCUGUAUGGGCCGUCGGACCUGCAGGAGACGGCGUCGCAGGAGGUGGCCAACAGGCUGGUGGAGUCCGUAGUGGCCACAGAGGUCCGCAUACAUGACCAACACUGGCACAACUUCACCAAAGAGGAGCACCAGAUAAAAGAGGCUAUUUCCACAGAACUUUUUGAUGAUCUCAUAAGUGAAACUGCAAGUUUAUUUGGUUGUCUUCUAAAACAAAAAUUUCUCCAGUAGAACGUUUAUAACUAUAAAAAGCGCGUGUCAAACUAGAUGAAAACGCGGAAAAUUUUCAUGAAAAUACUUCUCAUAUGUAAUAACGCAAGAAAUAGUGCAAAUUUCCAAGUACUUCCCACGUUAUAAAUUGUUUAUUAUCACGUGGUCAGGGAGUCGUUAACUGUGAGUAUUUAUUCUGCCUGGCCACGUGCAUGGCUGGAACAAUGAACCUGACAACCACUUGUGGGACUUUCAUUACAUUUUCUGUGAAUUGUUAUUGCUAUUGUGGUUGUGUCUGUCAAUAUAAGAAUGGACAAUUUAUUUAUAAUGUACAUAAGAGCCGCAUUACUAGGCCUAGUAAGCAAGGACUAUUUUUCCUACCAGUGAUUAUGUAUAUUUGUGAAUAUAUCACUUUACAUGUUAGCAUGUCCUUAAUAAAACAUUUUAUUAA